AUGGGCUGCCGCAAUGGAGUUACGCGGGCGGUGCUGAGCAUCAUUUUGCUUCUCCAGCCUGUAUUGGCAGAUUCAGCAAUAGAUACACUUGUCUCCCGAGUAUCUAGCCUGCCGAUACCAACACCUUCGGCCGAUUCAUCAAGGACACUAUCAGCUGCGUCCACCUGCAACGGCCACUCAGAAUACUGCACGCGAUCAUACUCAAAUAUCACGUUCGUAGGCUCUCACGACUCUGCGUUCGUCGGACCCUUACCCCAACAGAAUCAGAACAUCAAGGUCAAAGCUCAGCUGGAUAUGGGAAUUCGGUACCUGCAAGCGCAGACACAUCAUUCCAUCCUUGACAAGAAGAUCCUGGAGCUCUGCCAUACAUCGUGUUUCCUUGAAGAUGCAGGCCCUCUCAAAGAUUUCUUGGUUACAAUCAAGAAAUGGCUUGACUCAAAUCCGAACGAAGUCGUCACUCUUCUCUUGACAAACGGUGACUCGGUAUCCGUCACCGAGUUUGGUGAUACUUUCGCCAGCACUGGGAUAAUCGACUAUGCCUAUGUUCCGAACGAAAUCCCGCUGUCAAUCUCGGACUGGCCAACAUUGGGCGACUUGAUCACCAGUGGCAAGCGACUGAUAGUUUUCCUUGAUUAUGGUGCCAAUACCACCAAAGUGGAUUACAUCCAGGACGAAUUUGCUCACUACUUUGAGACAGCAUAUGAUGUGACGGAUGCCUCGUUUUCAAGUUGCAGUAUUGAUCGCCCUUCUGGUGCCUCGGCGACAGGUCGCAUGGGCCUGGUGAACCACUUCUUGGAUGUUGAUAUCUUUGGCGUGAAAGUCCCAGCCCGAGACAAAGCAGACACUACCAAUGCCGCGUCCGGCAAGGGAAGUAUAGGUGCCCAGGCGACUUCGUGCGAGGGGCUGUAUGGGCGCGCUCCGAAUGUGGUCCUCGCAGACUUCGUGGAUAAAGGGGAAGUCAUCAAAGCACAAAGAAGUUUGAAUGGACUUUAG